AUGUCAACGACGGCGGAUACGGAGGUCAAUACGACAAGAGAGGAAGCAGAUUCUAGUGUUACGCAUGUGGAUGGUCAGGAGCACGAAGUGGUAAAUAGUGAGACGGAGAAGGAUGUUAGUUCGAGUGAAGAGUCUGUAGAAGAGCUCCAAGACGACUCGGAAGGUGUUGAGCAAGAUAGUGAUGAAGAGGAAGAGGAGGAGGAAGAGGAGGAGGGGGAAGAAGAAGAACCAGCACUGAAAUAUGAACGAAUUGGUGGAGAGCUACCUGCACUGCUGAAGAAGGACUCAGCCUCCGCGCUGGCUAUAUCGAAUAAAUUCAUGGCAUUAGGUACACACGCAGGCAUUGUUCAUCUUCUUGACCUCAAUGGUGGCAGAAUAAAGUCAUACAAAUCCCACCAAGCAUCUAUUGUCGACAUUUGUGUAGACGAAACAGGUGAUUUUAUUGCUACUGCAUCCAUUGACGGCCAAGUAAUCAUCAUAUCCCUCUCCUCCCGUGAAUCUUAUUCCUUCGACCUCCGACGCCCAUUAAGGACCGUUGCCCUCGAGCCUUUCUUUGCUCAUCGUUCAUCUCGAGCCUUCGUCUGCGGAGGCCUGGCCGGUACUUUGUCAUUACGCGAGAAACGCGGCUUUUUUGGAGUCGGUCAUACUGAAAUAGUUCUACACUCAUCGGAGGGACCAAUUUGGCUGGUUCGCUGGUCGCCUUCUGGUCGUCUUAUUGCAUGGGCAAAUGACCUGGGUGUGAAGAUCUAUGAUAUGUCCAACAAAUCAACGAUAGCCUUCAUCGAUCGUCCCAAGGAUGCUCCCCGGCCAGACUUGUUUCCUGUUACUCUGGUGUGGCAGGACGAGCAGACGUUGUUGUUGGCUUGGGCAGAUUUUAUUAAAGUCGCUCGGGUCAGAACAAGGGAGACUGGUUUUAUGGUCGAAGUCAUCAAAGUCUUUCAGUUAGAUUCAAUGAUUGCAGGAAUCAUGCCCCACCCCAUGCCGAUAGCAAUAGCAUCUGCGCCUGGAUCUCGACCACAGUCCAUCGUUUCCACCACCUCAUCCUCCCGUUCCAACAACACAAAUGGUCUCCUCAAGCCAAACUCGUCUCAGCCGAAUAAUCCACCACCUCUUACGUCCUUCCUACUACUUACAUUUUCGCCACCGGAGACGGCACUUUUGGACCUUGAUGUCCUCCUUACCUCUGAUACCGACCGCACCAAACAAGCGAAGGCUCUUUCCGAGCGCCCGGAACUAAGGAUCAUUAGUCGGGGCGGUGAGGAACUAGCUGCAGAUGCACUAAGUGUCAGUGGGUAUCAAGCAUGGACCUGUGGAGACUAUAAACUUGCCGGUCCAAUAUCUGCAGACGCCGAAUUGGCUAGGACGUUGGAUCCAGCAUCGGCCAAAAGUCCAACCGUAAACCUGACCGAUUGGUACGUGGUUCUCUCCCCCCGCGACCUGAUACUUGUCCGACCGAGAGACGAGCAUGACCAUGUUGCAUGGUUGGUCGAGAGGGAAAGGUACGGGGAGGCAUUGGAAGCACUGGAGGUCAUAGAGCAUUCUCUGGGGUCAUCGAAGAAAAACGAAGAAGGUGACAGUGCUAAUGGAUUUAGUGAAAAAGUAGUCAACGGAGUCAAGCUCACCUCAGUCGACGUGGGACAGAAGUUAGCGGAGAGUUUGAUAAGUGAAGGUUCAUUUCCCAAAGCUGCUGAACUCCUUCCCAAAAUUUGUGUUCGGGAUCCGAAGCGAUGGGAGGAUUGGAUAUUCGUGUUCGCAGAGAAAAGACAAUUGCAGUCCAUCAUCCCCUACGUGCCAACACAACAACCCCGUUUGAACAGGGUGGUAUAUGAAAUGAUAUUAGCCUAUUUCCUCGCUCAUGACGCUAAGAUGAUUCUUCAAACUAUCAAAGAAUGGCCACACGAUAUAUAUCACGUUGGUGCGGUCAUUGUCGCUGUGAAAGAUGAAUUGGACAAGGUCGAGGUAUCGCAUGAGACUAUCGACAAAGCCAAGUCGGUCGUGCUCAUGGAGUGUUUGGCUGAACUAUACACAUCCAAUCGUCAACCAGGGAAAGCAUUACAUUACUUCCUCAAACUCAGACGUCCGAAUGUCUUUGAGCUCAUUGAAGAGAAUAACCUAUACACGGACGUGAAGGACAUGGUGUUGAGUUUGGUCGAAUUCGAGUUCGAACUUGAUGGGAGAUUGAAUGGAGAAAAGGAUGAAGAUCCGCCAAGUAAAUCAAUAAGACUGCUGGUGGAUAACAUACAUUCUAUACCUAUCAACAAAGUUGUCUCCCAGCUUGCUCCACGACCAAAGUAUCUUUUCUUCUAUCUCGACGCUCUGGUUGGGAAAGAUCCAAAUUUACUUUCAGGCUCUGGUUUCAUGGAUUUACAGAAUCUUCAGGUUAAGCUCUACGCCGAUUAUGCUCGACCAAGGCUGAUUGACUUUCUGAGAUCAAGUACGGACUAUGAUCUAGAAAAGGCCUACGAAGUUUGUCAGGAGCGGGACCUCAUCCCUGAAAUGGUCUUUCUCCUUGGACGAAUGGGUGAUAAUAAGAAGGCGCUGGGGUUGAUUAUCGAAAGGUUGGGCGAUGUUGAGAGAGCUAUCGACUUUGCUAAAAGUCAAGCUGACGACGAGCUAUGGGAAGAUUUGCUGAAAUAUGCGGAGACAAGACCCGCAUUCAUCCGUGGCCUCCUUGAAAAUGUUGGCUCGGAUAUCAACCCCAUCCGGCUGAUUCGUAGAAUCAGGAAUGGGCUGGAGAUUCCGGGACUGAAGGGUGCUUUAAUCAAAAUUUUACAGGAUUUCCACCUGCAGAUAUCAUUACUGGAAGGUUGUCAGACCAUUCUCAACGGUGAUAGCUCCGAGCUGAGCAAACGGGUUCAAAAAGAUCAGACAAGUGGUUUCUUUUUGACUGCAAAAUCUAAAUGUCACAUAUGUUCUCAACUGCUUCAAGAAACCCCUCAACAGUUGGUUCUACUAUUCCUUUGUAGACAUACAGUUCACGCCCGAUGUGCACGCCCGAACGGUGACGAGACGGAGCUACCACAGCUGCCUGACCCGGCAUUGAGGGGUGUGGGGCUUAGUGGUGUGGGAGGGAGAGGACUCAGUGGUCGAAUUGCAUUUGAAGGAGUGGUUCGAGCUCGGAUCGGACGUGGGUGUCCUGUGUGUCACAAGCGAAGCCAGGGAACAUCAUGA